GAGAGAGAGAGAGAGAGAGAGAGAGAGAGAGAGAGAGAGAGAGAGAGAGAGAGUAGCUAUACCCGCCGCGCGGGAACAAAACAAAAAGGCCGCGCAUGUCGUGCUCGAAUUCGCUUUGUUUAGGUCUCGCGCGGCGUCGAUGGCCCUCUGUAUAACGCGGCGUUCUCGUCUUGUUAGUCCUGCCUCGUCAUCCGCGAAACUUCUCAUCCCCCAUUUCUUUCCCGCGAGCUUUUUCACCCCAUCGGAACAAUGACGUCGUCUGUGCCUGGCUUUUUGUUCCGAAUUCCGCGAGUGGGCCACUCCAUCCUCCCUAUAUCGCCGAUAUGCGGCGCGCGGCUUAUUACGAGUACGCGCGAGCACGCGGAGCGCAUUGUUGCGCCGCUAUAGUUCGCUGCCGCCGGAGAGACGUCCUCGCGCGCCGAUGCGCAGAGUGUACGCUCGAGAGGGAGGCGCUUCGGAAAAAGAACGGUAGGUAGCUGGUUAUCUAAGCGCCGCGGCCGGCUGAUCUCGAAUCAGUUACGUGACAGCGAGUGUGUCUAUGCGAUAUUCGGUCGGUCGCGCUUCGGUUCUUCGACUUUCUCCGAUGACAAAAAGAUGCGGGAGAAUCGAUCGCCCGCGCUGUUCCGGUCCGCGUUCUUCCGAUCCGCGUGAGAGCGCCGCGCAUAUAAAUAGUCAGGAUGCCGGCGAGUGCGACUGGAGUACGUCUCAGCUCAUGCCGGACUGAGGAUGGCCAAGCACCACGCCUUGAGGUGCAGCCUGCCGUUGCUGCUGCUGCUGCUCUGCCUGCUCGCUGGCAGCCUCGCGAGGGAGCAUGGACUAGCCCGGCGAAGACUGCCGAGGAGCGGCGAGGGCGGGGCCGACCUACUACCCGCGGCCUCCCACCACCACAAGGGCCACCACUCGGAGGAGCACGGCGGCAAGGAGCACCACCACCAGCACCACGAGGAGCACGGCGAGAAGGGCGACAAGGGCCACAAGAGCCACCACCACCACGACAAGGGCGAGCACGGCGAGCACGACAAGGAGCACCACGAGGGCCACCACGAGGAGCACGGCGGCCACCACAAGAAGCACCACGACGAGGAGGGCGAGCACGGCGAGCACCACGAGGAGGAGAAGGGCCACAAGGGCGGCAAGUUCGGCGAGAAGAAGGGCCACAAGAAGGGCCACAAGACCAGCGGCUACCACCACAAGGUCCACAAGGACGAGUACCACAAGGAGCACAAGUUCUACGACGACUACCACAAGGGCGGCCACCACGAGAAGCACGGCCACCACCACGGCCACCACGGCCACAAGGAGGGCCACCACAAGAAGGGCGGACACCAUCACAAGGGCCACCACGAGGACCACAAGGGCAAGAAGGGCCACACGUCCAAGGGCCACCACGACGAGGACCACAAGGGCCACCACGGGAAGCACGGACACGAGGAGCACCACGACCACCACGAGAAGCACGAGAAGAAGGGCGGGCACCAUCACGGCAAGAAGCACCACUACAAGAAGGGCUGAGCCCCGAGCUCACCUGUAC